AUGCGUAUCCGUCUAUCCUUUGCAGGAGCAUUCGUGCUCCUGCUCCUAAUAGCAGCCUACAUGGGCCUGACGAGCCUCCAGCUAGGCCAAUACGUCAACGACAAAUUCCUUCACUGCACCACCUUCUUCAUCCUGACCGUCGUCUUCUACUGGGUGGUGGACACGAGCCGACGACGAACCGUGCACAUGACGCUGGUGGUGUGCACCCUGACCCUCGGCAUCGGUUCCGAGUUCGUCCAGAGUUUCCUCCCCAACGAUCGCGACUUCGACAUGUACGACAUCGUCGCCAAUCUCGUCGGCAGCUUAGCCGCCCUGGCCCUUUGCUCGUGGUACCACAAGCGCAUGCUCGAGCGCAAGAGGCUGCGCAGAAAUACCUACAACGCCGUCCCCGGCGACGACGAGCUCGACGACGUGGACGGCCAAGACCACGUCGACGCCGACCUGGAGCUGGGAGAGGGUCACGAGACGGGGAUCCUGCAGGCCCUUCCCCCACGCAGUCUCGAGCAGGAGGUCGACAACUGGGAUGAGCAUGCUCCCGACGACGACGACGACGACGAUGAAGACGACGAGUGGGAGGAAAGUGAUGGCAUCAGUGCCCCACAGAGAAAGACAAAGGCCAAGAAGGGCACCAGGGAUGACGAAGUGGGCGAUGCCAAGAAGCGCACUGACUGA